AACGAAACUGAUCGUAACGCUCGCUGCUUUUGUCAUGUCGACGCGACGUUGGCACGGCCUUGGCAUAGCAUCGUUGGUGCUCCUCCUGAGUAUUUGUCAAGCCAAUGGUUCGUUUCACAGUCAAGACUUUAUGCGCGAAGUCGUCGCGGGUACUUCAUUCAGUCACCACUUAGCCAUCAUCCAUCACUCUCUCCAUCCUUCAGGUUCUUCCACGUUGUUUUGCGAUGCAAACAACGUCGCAACAAACUAUGACCCCAGCCAUCGCAGACUGACUGCCAAUAUAAGCUCGUUUCGCAGUGUCGUUGGGUUUGGAUUUCGAGGACGGAGUAAUGCCGCUAUUGUGCCAGUGUUGUCUGAUGAAUCAUGUGCAACGCUGUGUGUUCAAGACUCGCUGUGUUUGUCCUUCGACGUCGAAGCGAACAUGUGCUACAUAGCUCACACCGAUCGGUAUGCUUUCCCCCAGGACUUUCUGCCUCGGUCAGGCAGCACGUACUUUGAAUGGCAAGUGAUGGCGGCAUCACCCUCAUUUGAGCCCAAUGGAGGGGUCUUUCACACUCAAACGUCGAUUAGAAUCUUCACUCAAACGCGAGCGGCUGCCAUGUAUUACCAAAUCAUAUCCACGAACGGGUCCGUGGUCGUCGACUACACGCUGGCCACGCCCGACCUUGCCAUCGUGUUGCCAGAAUUCCCAUGCCAGGUUCUGGCCUAUUCAACCAAGGUUGGACUGGACAAGAGCCCCGUUACCACGUCAAAUCUGUACGACAUUCGAGCGUCCAAGUACAUGUACUUGGUCCCAUACUACAACGGAGCUGACUUUCACGGCAAACUCACACGCGUCAAGCUCGACGUCCAGGGGAAAAAGCGACCGCGUCCGUCGCUCGUGCUCGAGUUUACCGACCUCGAGACGUUUUUCGGCAUUGGGCCGUUCCAAGACCAAGUGCAAGUGCUCAACUUGACUGCGUUGGACCCUCGGAUGGCGGGGUAUUAUGAUGGCUUUUCAGUCGUAUCGACCACGAGCUACGUCAAUGUGAGUUUGGAAUCGUACGACGAUCUGUCCCAGUGGACUCUGAUUGAUUCCGCAACGUACCGCGAGAAUCCUGGCAACACUAUCUUCAACAAUAACGUGCCAAUCACCGAAGAACACUUGUACCUGAGCCCGUACAUGAACGGAGGGGGCUACUCUGGGCUUGUCACCAAGGUGUACCUGCGAGCAUUUGACGCGUCGACCCUGCCACCGUUCUCCCCUCCUGUCUACAGCAUUCUAGAUUUAACACAGCUCGAUCCAGACUUAACGGGGUUUGUGUCGUGCUUUACACGCAACAACUUUGGCUAUUUCGUGCAGCGCAACAACGACAAUGGCCUCGGGGGGAAGGUCGUGCGUGUGGACUUGUCAGAAUUCCACAACGCCCCACGACUGGCAGCCACCGUGCUCGACUUGGAGCAAAUCGACGGGCGUCUCGUGGGGUUCGGGGGCGCGUUUGUGUAUGGCAAGUAUGCGUUCUUGACGCCGCUCGAUCGAAACCGCGUGGGGCUAGAAUUGAAUCCGAAUUACAAGUACUUUCCCACGCCAACGUCCAGUUGCAUGGCUCGCGUCGACCUUGACGACUUUGCCACCGUCCAAGUCGUGGAUUUUUCCCAUUUGAAUCCGAAAUUCGCUAGGGGGUACUUUGGCGGGUUCACCGUGAACUCGUUUGCGUACUUUGUGCCGUACAUGUGGACUGCUAACGAUCUGUCCCCGACCGUGAACCCGUACCACGGAGUCAUCAUACGGCUGAAUUUGCUGACGUUGGCAAUUGAAAAGUUGGAUCUCACCCUUGUUGAUCCGUCCCUCAAGGGCUUCAUGCGUGGCUUUGCCUUCGGAAAGUAUGCUGUAUUUGUGCCACAUAAGAACGGACCCCACAACAUCACGCCCCGCCGGGUGAACCCAAGCCAAAAAUUGCAUUUCGGCAAACUCGUGCGCGUCAACACUGACGUAUUCUCCCCCGACGGCGUCGACGUGCUAGACCUGACGGCGACCCUGCGCUCCCAAAUUCCAAACUUGCCCGAUGUCGAGUUGCGGGGGUUUCUUGGGGGCGGCGCGUCGGGGCAAUACGGGUUCUUCGUCCCGUAUUUCAACGGGGUUCGAUUCGCAGGAAAAGUCGUGCGGGUCAACUUGCGGACGUUCAACGAAGUACAAGUGUUGGACAUGACCCAAAUCGACGACACCCUCCGGGGGUUCACCGGCGCCGUCAUGUCGGCGACGCCAGAACCCACAGACACGUCCUUGUGGCAAUGGACCAUCCCCGAAGGCACCCGGGCCAUGUACACGUUUAUUCACGAAGAAAAUGCCUAGAAAAUAACCAUUGCCGCGUCCAGAACGAGUCAAAAAUGUUCGUGCAAUAAGAAUGAGGGAAUCGCAGGAUGAAAUUGGUGUAAUCACACAUGUGUACCAGAACACAA